CGACCUUCUGCCAAAAAUCCCAGAAAAGGUCAAGUUGCACUUUCACGGAAGUUGCCAGCUCCUUUCCACACUGCUGUCUCGGAUUUGAAAGGAGCAGAAGAGCAGAAUGAAAUCACAAUCAACGGCAAUGAAGACAGGCCAAACAGAUUUUCGAUAACAAAGCACAACAACCACGCCAAAGCAACGAAAGCAUCCAACCUCAAUACUGGAAACUCUCUCUCGGGAUCUGGCGAGCCGCCGUUCACAGAUGCUGCUUUCGGUGUGGCCGGUAUUGAUGCAAGCUCACACAACGACCACUCAAUACAUCAGGACCCUGCUUUCCCCGUCAAACCAACACUGGAGGCCUUACCUAGCCAGCCGUCUCGCUUUGAGACGGCUAGAAGCAUGCAUCAAAGGUUUGGCGAGUUGAUCAACGGUCGAGAGGAGAAGCAGGGCACCCAUACUCAAAGCGAAAGCAAGGCUUCCAACGGGGCUGCACACACCAGCAAUAAUGACCAGAAUCUUGGUACUGAACCUGCAGGGUCUGGUGAAACCAGUGAACAGUCGGAGGUGCACACCACGGACGCGGAUCGGCGUGGGGCAGGAGAGGCUCAUCGAGUGGAUCCUGACACGGCUCAUGAUUCAGCCCAAGUGGAAACAAUGGACGAUCGAGACCUUUUUGCGGAUCGCAGAGAUGAGAACAACAUCGAGACUUCCGACGUAGAGAUGCACGACGCCAUUGAACAGUCGUUCAGGACUCCGCGAGAAAUGUUCGGCGAUGACGAUGAGGCAAAGGUCAAGACGGCCGUCGAACAUCCUUGUGACCAUCGCACCGCUGCAUCUCAGGUCGGAGGCCACAAUGGUCCCUUGCAUAGGAUCGGUGUUGAGGGCAACAAAUUGGACCACGUAGACAAGUACAUCGCGUGCCCUACUGCAAAGAAAGUAAGCCUCCAAGAAACACGUCGAAGAUCUUUACUUCGCACUGGCAAGAGAGUCGGUCACGUCUACGAGGACCCUGACGAGGCCUUUGACAAGAAGAACGCAGAGGAUGAGACGCGGCCUACAGAUACUGCCUUUGCGGUCCCCCAACCGCUCACCUUCAAGCCAUCCAGGUAGCCAUCUGCACUCUGACACAACUUCUCG